AUGCGAGCAGCUAGAUACCACGGUAUUGGAGAUAUCCGAGUAGAGGAGAUUGAGGAGCCUACAUGCGGUGAGGGACAGGUCAAGGUUAAGCCUGCAUUCGUAGGAAUCUGCGGAACUGAUCUUCACGAAUACCUUGGUGGCCCGAAUUUCGCCCCCGAAACCCCUCAUCCUGUAACUGGCGAGACAAUUCCCAUCACUUUUGGACAUGAGUUCUCGGGGACUGUCUUGGAAGUCGGCAAGGGCGUCACAAACUUCAAGCCUGGUCAACAUGUAUCAAUACAACCUACAAUCUACGAUGGAACCUGUAACGCGUGCCAUUUAGGUCUGCAGAAUGUCUGUUAUCAUGGAGGAUUCGUUGGUCUGUCUGGUUGGGGCGGUGGGUUGAGCGACGCAUGUGUGAUCCCGGCCGAUUAUGUGCUUCCUCUUCCAGACAACGUCCCACUUGAUAUCGCAGCUCUGGUAGAACCGUUGGCGGUUGGAUGGCACGCUGUUUCGAGAAGUCCACUGAAAAAGGGUUCGACUAUCUUGAUUUUGGGAGGGGGACCAAUUGGGAUCGCUGUCAUUAAUGCCCUAAAAGCUCAAGGUUGCGGCAAGAUCAUCGUCUCGGAAAUCUCAUCCUCGCGUCAGAAAUUUUGCUCGCACUUUGGUGCAGACGUCAUAUUGAAUCCGACCAAAGACGAUGUAAUUAAGCGAGUCAAAGAGGAAACAGGCGGAGAUGGCGUCGACAUUGUGUUCGACUGUGCCGGCGUAGCUGUGGGCUUGACGGCCGCUUGCAAAUGCAUCAAAGUCAGAGGCACAGUGGUCAAUGUGGCUAUUUGGGAAAAGGCCGUACCGUUCCAACCAAACGAUUUAGUAUUCAAGGAGGGCAGCUAUGUGGCUUGUCUAGGACACGCGAAACAGGAUUUUAAAGACGUUAUUGAAGCCCUAGGUAAUGGGUCGAUGAAACCGGGCGACAUGAUCACAGCAAAAAUCGCACUCGAGCAUGUGGUAGACCAGGGGUUCAAGCAGCUGAUUGACAAUAAGGAAGCUCAUAAAGUAAACAAGACAUUUGUCCUGCUCCUUGACUAUGAAUAUGACACAAACCCGGAACAUCAAAUCUGGAGCAUCAUAACCUCAAAAGACGCCUCUCUCGCUAAGGCCACCCCUCCAACGCUCCCACCACUCAAGGAGCUCAACAGCGACUUUGAAGGUUGGAGUCUCGAUCAGCUUUAUGACUUCAUGUCUGAAAAUGAGGAAGUUCUCGGAAAGGCGGGAUUUGAUGUCAGCUCAUGGGCUAUGCUUGACGACGAAGCCUUGGAAAAUGACACCGUCUUGCUAGUAGAGCAUAAUUUCGAGUUGGAUGAAGAUGAAGAGGAUGAGGAGGAGAGGGAGGCGAGAUUAAUGGGUAAUGUGAAGUAUAAAGCUGUCAGAGCACCAGCAGAGGAGGCACAUACUGUUUUCGUGAAUCUCCAAAUCGCAAACAUGGGCUUCGAGGACUUUGUGAAUGAGGAAGCCGGUCAUGUAAAUGGCGUGUGGCAGUAUAUCUCAUGUGGCGGGGAAUCGAACGAGGGGGUAUACAGCAUGGCAAAUGACGCUACUAAAGAGCAGGACGAAGCUAUUAAGAAGGGACAAGAGGAAGGAUGGUUGGAGUAG